UAAAACUAAAUUCAUAAUUGUUCGACAAAGUGUCAAGCUGACACUUCAUUUUGAUAAAAAUAUGUUCGUUUUACAUUAUAAAAGAUUUUUAGGAAAAAUUCAAAAUUGAUCCCCUCAUGGCAUUCAAAGAGACACAGUCUGCCAUCGUUAUAGACACCCUGAUAGCUGAUUUAGUGCACGAGGCUAUCGAUCGAAGGCAAUCGAUUAAGGAACACAUUGAACCAGGACCAUGCCAAAGGCUCUAUGAUAUAUUAGGCUUUAUGCCUUGCAGUCCAAAUGAUAAAGAGUUUAAUAUUGAUAAUGAAUUGCAUGACAAGGGAUGGAUCAAUGGGAAGAGUGCAUCUAAACCGAUUCGCUCGGGUCCAGCAUUAAAGUAUUCUCAACGCGAUCUUCAAAGUGAUAAUCCUAUGAUGGAGCGAAGAGAACAAUGGCACAGUUGGUUGGUUCCGGCAUUGACUGAGGAUAGCUCUGGAGAUGAAUUGGAAAUUUAUCGACGAAAUGGUCAAUUAAUUAAAAAAUUCAGUGAUAUCGGCUGUCAAACGGAACAACCACGAUUCCGAAAGCGAUAUCGACAAGUAGCAACGCCUGGAGAUCGUGCCCUACUGGAAAGAGCACCUUGUGAACUAAACCGUCAGACGAUCUUCAUUGAUGCGGUCUCCGUAGCGACACCCAGUCUACAAAAUCGACCCCCAUUAGCCGAUCGUUUUUGCUAUAUGUUGACAGAUUUUGCUUCGGCAUUGUACUGUAGUCUCGCCAUUAUGUGUUGCUGUACCCCCAGUAUGUUUCGAUAAAUAACAUUUAGGCACACUAAUUGCUUUUAAUAUAAUACUACACAUCA